GCAAGAUAUCCAGGAUGCCACACCCGCUUCGCGCACCUCGUCUUUCUUCCAUGAACCUCAUUCCGAACAACGUGACAACGUUAAUUCGUACCUCCUACAUCCCAAACAUUCAAGCGCCUCUGACGAGCGCCACCAUUGCCUACCACCAUGCCUCCCUCAACCCCCAAACCCGAAGACGACGUGCACCAGCAACUGCUGGAUCAGAUGGAUAUAUACUACGCCUCAAAACCCUUUCGAAACGCCAGUUGGAAACCCGGCACUCGAAGGAAUAAGAACACCAAACAGAUCAUAUCCGAGACUCAACGAAAAGAAGCCUCUGUGCUCGCAACGCAGAACAACUCUGGCGCAUCUACACCUCUUCCUGCGACUGGUGCGACCACCGAUGGCGCCGCCACGCCUGCAUAUUCUUCAGGAGCGUCGAAACCGUUGAACAUGGCGCAGGCUACUCAAAGCUUAAGCACGCUGGUAUUGGAGCGAAAUCUACAGAAAGCUACCAAUGGCUUCAGCGGCGGAUUGGGACCGGCCGUCACCUACACUAACAUUGAGAGUGCCCCAAGCCUACAUCCUGCAAAUCACAAACAUUACUGCGAUAUCACGGGUCUACCAUCCAGAUACGUUGAUCCCAAGACAAAGCUGAGAUAUUACGACACGGAAAUAUUCGCAGUGGUAAGGAGCCUGCCGCAGGGCGUCCCUGACCAGUAUCUGGCGGCGAGAGGAGCAAACGUCGUUCUAAAAUGAGGUAAUAUAUGGCAGAGCGUGGUACAUUACCUUGGUAUCACGAAGAACAAGACAUAAGCUCACAAGGCUUGCAAUGCGCAGAUGUCAGGCCAUCUAAGUCAAGCCCA